AUGCGUUGUGUCUCCAAGCUCCUAGCCAUUGCGGCAGUGGGCGCUCUUCAGACGAAUGCUAUGGAAGCUUCGAUUUUUAAAUUCACGCCGGGUUCAUUAACGGAUUCGGGCUCUACAGCCGUAUCCGAGGACUUUGCACGACUUGCUCUGAAACUCCGUAUGGAGUCCUCUCUAGCAUCGGCUCUCGGGACCACGGAAACUAAUUUGGACCACCUGGACCAAUUUGCCGAUCCAAACCAAAUAUCUUUAUUUGGUAGCAAUCAUCAAGCCCCGGAGAAAAGUCUGAUAAUCAUUGAGGGGUUCAAUGAGGCCAUGGGGUUGACUAUGCGCCAGAGAUAUACAUCAAACCUGUUUAUUCCCAAGGCUACAUACAACUUGAUCGACGAACCCUUCGCGUCACUCGAAUAUAACAAUGGCGGCGAAAAACACUGCUUGUAUGACGGGGGCGCCAGCAGAGCGAACCCAGCCGGUAUCCAUUCUGCUAGGGAGUGUCUCACCAGAGACCCCAUCCUUUCUGCCUCGCAGAACCUCUUCGACUCCGACGUUCUUGAUGUGAUACAUUCGGCAGAAACAAGGGCGACCAAGGAUCAAAAAACCAUCAUUUCUCGGUUAUCAUUCAAGGCAGAAUCUGGCGACGGCAUUCUUGAUCUCAAACCACUGGAAUCCAUUUUCGAGGGGGUAACCAGUCUCUUAUCCACAGACGGUCGGCAAGCAACCAUUGUACUCCUUACUACCUCAAAGAAUGAUUCAAAGAUGCCUAGGCAGGUUUUACAGCGGGACACACAAGCAUAUGGUGAAUCCGCUCCCAUCGGGGUACAACAUGAGCGGAGGUCUGUCCAAGACGUACCUCUACAUUCGAACCUUGCCCCUGUUUGCCAAGCUUCGAACUCUUCUUGUGCUGAAGCAACUGAAAAUUGCUCCGGACAUGGGUAUUGCUACCUGAAAUAUGGAUCCGGCACUGAAGGCAGUACUGGCAAUUGUUAUGCAUGCCGUUGCCAACAGACCACAGUCAAAAAGAGUGAUGGCACCGUGCAAAAGAUUCAGUGGGGUGGGCCAGCAUGCCAGAAACAAGAUAUCAGCUCACCGUUUUUCUUAAUAGCUGGCGUGAGUGUCUUUGCUAUUCUCGCGGUGAGCAGCGCGAUUGGAAUGCUUUUCAGCAUGGGCCAGCAAGAGCUGCCCAGCGUGAUUGGAGCUGGCGUGGGUGGGUCUAAACUACAGACAUAG